AUUGAGGCUAUGAAAACAUUAGUUAGUGAAAUCAAGGCUAGACAUGAAAGAUAUGGCUUCAAUUCCAGUGAACAAGGACAAAGCAGUAGAGAAAUGACUGUUCCAUGGCAUGACCCUAGAGUGGCUUCCCUUUUCAUUGAGGAAGCACAAGUUGUGGGUGUUGAAUCUGCCAGAGAUGAGCUGAUCAAUUGGUUGGUAGAAGGAGCAUCAAAACAUGAAUGCCGUGUAGUGAUUUCGGUGCUUGGUAUGGGAGGACUUGGUAAGACCACUCUUGCCAAGAAAGUUUAUGACAGCCAGAUUGUGAUGGCACACUUUGAUUGCUAUGCUUGGAUUACAAUUUCUCAGUCAUACAAGAUAGAGAAUGUUCUAAGGAUGAUGAUCCGGCAGUUCUGCAAGUCAAGGAAGGAGAACACCCCUGAGGGGAUUGACAAAAUGGAUCAAGAGUCCCUAAUUAGCAAAUCAAGAGAAUAUUUGCAGCAAAAGAGGUAUGUGGUAGUGUUUGAUGAUGUGUGGAAAGUAGAUUUCUGGGGGGCUAUAGAACAUGCUUUACCGGAUAAUGAAGGGGGAAGAAUCAUGAUCACUACUAGGAUUAGAGAUGUUGCUGAUUUUUGCAAAAAGUCUUGUUUAGUUCAAGUUCAUCACUUGCAGCCUCUGCCUCCAAACAAGGCAUGGGAAUUAUUUUGUAGAAAGGCAUUUCAGUUUGAAUUGGAGGGCAAUUGUCCUCCAGAGUUGGAAGAGUUGUCUCUUAACAUUGUUAAAAAAUGUGAAGGUCUGCCUUUGGCAAUUGUUUCCAUUGGUGGUCUUCUGUCAACCAAGGUUAAAGGUCUGUCUGAAUGGCAAAAACUAUAUAAUAGCAUGAGUUCAGAGUUAGAAAGCAAUCCACAUCUUACAAGCCUCAUGAGAAUCCUAUCCCUUAGCUAUCAUCAUCUACCAUAUUACCUCAAAUCCUGUGUCUUAUACUUUGGCAUAUUUCCUGAGGAUUAUUCUAUUAGUUGCAUAAGAUUAAUUCGGUUGUGGAUAGCUGAAGGCUUUGUAAAACUGAAGAAGGGCAAGACAUUGGAAGAGGUUGGAGAGGAAUACUUGACUGAGCUAAUUCAUAGAAGCCUGGUUCAAGUAUCAAAAGUUUACGUUGAUGGAAAAGCUAGAAGUUGUCGAGUUCAUGAUCUUUUGCGCGAAGUCCUUCUUAAAAAUGGCAUGGAUUCGAGUUUCUGUCAUGUUUUAUCAGAAGAUGUGUCAUCUUCUAAGCAAAUAACUCGACGUCUCUCGAUAGACAGCAGUAGCACUCCCAGCUUUGAACACUCUCAUAUUCGUUCUGUAUUUACUUUCAACCAAGAAGAAUGGCCUGAGUCUUUUCUCAAUACAUUGAAUGGAAACUUUAAACUUUUGAAAGUAUUGGAUUUCACGGAUGCUCCACUAAACCAUCUUCCUAAAUACGUUGGGGAUUUGUAUCUCUUGAAGUACUUGAGCCUAAGGAAUACAAAGGUGAAGUUUCUUCCGGAGUCCAUAGGUAAUCUGCAAAACCUAGAAACCUUGGAUCUAAAACAGUCUCUGGUGUAUGAAAUACCAGCCAAGAUCAAUAAGCUUGUUAAGUUGAGACAUCUUUUGGCCUACUAUUGUGACUACAACAUAGAGUUUAGCAUGACAUUCGAGCGGGGAGUGAAGAUACAUGACGGUAUUGGAUGUUUACGUGCAUUGCAAAAGCUAUAUCAUGUGGAGGCAAAUCAUGGAGGGAUCAACCUAAUCAAAUCAUUGGGAAAGUUAAGGCAGCUGAGGAAGUUGGGCCUAAAAAACUUGAAACGUGAAGAUGGAAGGGCUCUAUGUGCUUCUGUUGAAAACAUGAACCACCUUGAAUCUCUAGAAGUAAGUACAAUAAGUGAAGAUGAGGUCCUUGAUCUACAAUCCAUUUCAACUCCACCCCAAUUUAUCCGGCUUCUCUACUUGAAAGGGCAUCUAGAGAAGUUGCCAAGCUGGAUUUCGCAGCUUCAGCACCUCGUCAAGCUACGGAUUUUUUGGUCAAGGCUGAGAGAUUCCCCACUGAAAGCCCUUCAAAAUCUACCUAAUCUGUUGGAGCUUGGGAUCUCAUACAAGGCAUAUGAUGGUGCUCAGCUGCAUUUUGAAGGAGGAUUCCAGAAACUCAAGGUCCUACAACUCAGGGACUUGGAGGGACUAAAAUCUUUGAUUAUAGACAAUGGGGUUAUGCCUCUUCUCAAAGAGCUGCAUAUAGGGCCUUCCCCACAACUUAAGGAGGUGCCCUCCAGCAUCCACCAUCUGAGAAAUCUAACAACUCUUAGAUUUAUCAACAUGCCAAAAGAAUUCCAAAGGGAUGUGGAUCCAAAAAAUGGCCAACAUUUUUGGAUUGUUGAGCACGUAAGAGAUGUUAUCUUUAGCUACAAGUUUGGGACAAAAUUUGGCAUAUAUGAGAAUUUCUUCAUAAUCCCAAAUUGUUGACU